GUCACGUCCCGACGUCAUCACAACACCGCUCUGACUUUCGUUUUCCUUUCAGCAGCAACGGGACUAAAUGUUGUUUCGGUUAUAAAUCAAGACACAGACUAAGUCAUGGCCGGCCUGGAGGUGUUAUACAGCUGCGUCUCCUCCGGCAUCAGCUGCCCGCAGGACGCCGUCGUCUGCUUCAUCCACUGGGAGAUGAUACAGAGCGGAUACCGGUGCAUCGGCUCCGGGGACGAGCCCCGCAGCAGUGAUAAGAAGUCAGAGCUGCUGCCGUCCGACUGGAGCAGCAACAAGGAGCUCUACAGUCUGAGAUAUAAAGCCAAAGACGGAGACGUCCAGCUGCUGCUCAAAGCCAUCUCUGUGGACUCCACGCUGAUCUUCAACCUGAUGAACUCCAGCACGCAGCAGGUGUCGGACUUGACGGUGAACAUCAGCGAUCACGUGGACGCCGACCAGCUGCGAACAUUUGACAGCGUUUACAAGGACGCAGACGGUCUGUCGGAGAAGGUGAAGACUCAGCUGCUGCCCCCCCAGGACAGACCGAAGACGCAGAGGACAGAGACGAGGACUCGGAGGGAGCAGGAGGAAGAGGAGGAGCAGCGGAGACGAAGAGACAGAGAGGACAGCGACCCGCUCCGCAUCCCCAACAGACAUCCUCGCCAGCCGUGGCCCGACCCGAUGGCGCCUCCCUUCGCUGCUGGAGGAGCAGAUCUGGAUCCUUUCGGGUCUCGUGGUGGUGGUGGGAUGAUAGUCGACCCGUUGAGGUCUGGUUAUCCUCGUUCUGGUUUUGACCCGUCCAGUGGGAUUCCCGACAUCCUUCCUCCCGGAGCCGUUCCCCCCGGAGCUCGUUUCGACCCGUUCGGACCCGUCGGACCACGACGCAGACCGGGGCCGGAUCCCGACCACAUGCCACCUCCCGGCUACGACGACAUGUUCAUGUAGAAACCAGCUCUUUGUGUGUUUUCACUGCUUUUCUACUUCCUGUUUUGCAACUCACAACGACUUCCUGUUUCCUGUCCGCUACGAGCCAAUAGGAGGCCCGGAGAGAGAAAAGUUCGAUCCUGUUUUAGUUGCCUGAGAAUUAAUAUUUAGUUUUUCUUAAUUGUUCAUUUCAUUAAUAAAAGAAACUAAUGUUGUAGCUUUUUGUAUAACUGGUGUUUAAAUAAACAUUAAAACAUG